CUGGGGAUACCUUGGGCCAGGGGCAGCUCUGGCAUGGCAACACCCGACGGGACCGGGACGGGGUACCCUGUCAAGGGUAUUUUCUGGCAGCGCGCAGGGAGGUGACAGGACCGCGCCGCCUUCAAGCGGGAUUGCGCAGGGAAGUGGCAGGAAGGCUUUCGGGUCAACGUCCCAGCACUGGGCACCUAGCUGGAUGGCGCUGACAGGAGCUGGUGGCGGCCGCGUGCCGGCUGCGGCCGCGAGUAGGCGAGCCUGUGCCCGAGGGCAGCGCUGCCGCCGCGCAUGCCGCUCUGAGUGACUGCGCUGCCGCGCUGGAGCGCGCAAGGGCGAUCUGGCUCGCCAGGCUCCCCGGCCAAGGCCAGCCCACCGUGUCUCCGCCGGUGGCGCUGGAGGCAGCUUGCGACAUAGCGGUUGGUUUGGGUGUGCAGGACGAUCUUCUCUUGGAGUGGAUCGCCGCCGAGGUCGUGCAGCGGAUCGCGCGCUUCGACGUCAAGAGGCCCUCAGGCGGCGGCUCUGCGUACGCGCGCGUGGCGGCGCGGGACUCCUCUGGAUUGCUGCUCCAGCGCGUCGACGCGAUGGUGUCUCGAACGGCGUCCGGUCUGCCGCCGCUGGGGCUGGCGAACCUGGCGGCCCUCGGCUAUGGUGGCUGCUGGGGCCGUGCAGUGGGUGCACAGGUCGCGCUGGGGCCAGGGCUGCCCACUCUGCGGCGGUCGGCCCUGGAGCGCCUCGGCGAGUUCUCUGCGCCGGAGGUCCUGUGGCUUGCCUCUGGGCUCCAGGGCGCAGGGGUGCUGGACGGCGCCGCGCUGGCCGCUGCGCGCGCGGCGCUGGAUCAUCUGGGCGCCGGCGCCGACGGCUCUCUGCCCACGCCGUGGGGCACUCGCCUGGAGGCGCCCCCGAGCGCGCCCGGGAGCCCAGAGGUGCUGUCCGAGCGCGACGAGGUGUUCGCCAUCUAUAAGCCGCCGGGGUGGUCGGCGGCGACCGGCUUUGCCAGCGGGGCGCACCCGCGGCUCGCCGACUUCCUCGCGCGCGCGGCCCGGCGCUGGCCCAUCUCGGGCGACGCCGCCGAGGAUCGGGACGGGGACACGCCCGACCUGACACCAGCGGCGCCCUGCUCGCCGCGAAGACGUACCGGGGCUUCUGGCGCCUGCGUCUGGAGCUGUGCGCCCAGAUCGGAGGGUCACGAGGCAGUACGUGCUCCUCUGCCACGGCCGCCUGCCCCUCGGCGCCUGGGUCACGACCGCCGCUCCCCUCGGCCUGCGCCGCCGGCCCGCGCGGGAGGGGGGCGGCGGCGUGCGGUCGCAGGCGGAAGUGCGCGCGGACGGGCGGCCCGCGCGCACGGCCGCGCUCGCGGUGGCGCACCUGCGGGGGCCGCGCGGCUGCGGCGCCGGCGCGGAGGACUACAGCCUGGUGCUGGCGCGCCCUGCGACGGGCAGGACACACCAGUUCGGCGGCAGCUCCCGGGAGGUCGAGCUAUCUGGCUGUGCCCUGGCCCCGGCAUCCAGGUCCAUCCGGCUUCAUCCCGCGCAUAUUCCGGCCGAGACCCGCUCAUAAGUCCCGCUGAGUCCGCGGUCUAGUGACUAGACCGCGGACUAAGUACGGCGUAGCAGCACCCCAGUGGGUUCAAGCCUCCCUUAUCUUUCCGACGAGGACCUGCCAGCAGUUGCCCCCUAACACAAGCUACGUUGCCAUCUGUCCCACCUGGGGCAUCCCCUGGCAGCCGAUGCGGCGUACGGCGCGGGCCCGGCGGGCAGCUGGUGCCCGCGCACCUUCCUGCACUGCGCCGCCCUCGGCUUCCUGGGCCCAGACGGCCGCGGCGGCCGCUGCAGGGUCCUCGCGCCGCUGCCCGCGGACCUGCGCCUGGCGCUGGCGCGGUUGGCGCCAGCCGACGAUACGUCUGGGAAGGCAGUCGCAGACCUUCUUCGACGCAAGAUGCCGCCACAGGCUGCACGCCGUGUGGGCAUCGUGUGACGCAUUCGCGGUCACGCCACCCGUGGGCGGCCGUGCUGGGCGUGGGCGAGUUCUAUGAAAGUGGUGCUGAUUGUUCUGCGCUGCUAGUUAUCUGCGCGCGCAGCAAGCAGACCCAAGCCAGCUCCACGCACGUCCAGCGCAGUGGAUGUGACAACGGGAUGCAACGGUGAGCUUGGAGCGUUUAGGCGUGGAAUGCUUCUCUGCGCGAGUGUGCUGGUCAUACUGAUGUCUGACUGCACGCGCAGCUGGGCGUACUGGUGUCAUACAGGGAGGUCUGCACCACAGCCAGAGGUCGAACUCGCCCUUCGACACAUAGCGACGUUCCAGAUUUAAAGCGAUUAUUCAUGAAUUUCGCAGCGCUUGUUCACGUUCAUGUCCACCCGCCCUAGUUUUCACCAGAGGCGUCCCUUUUGAUAUCGUGUUCAUUAGUUGUAGCCGUCAGUGGUGUCGGGUUGGUCGGAUGAUAUUCCAAGUGCUCAUGUCCACAUUCGAGAUGUC